CCACACCGCCUUUGCCUGCUCGCUGAUUGGUCAGUCACGGUCAGCUGACAAAGGAGCAGCGGAAGAGGAGCCGAGAGCAGCAGAGAGGAGGAUCUGCCGGCCGUCAGAAUGCAGAGCACCGCCAACUACCUGUGGCUGAUCUCCGACCUCCUGGGUCAGGGCGCCACGGCCAACGUCUACCGAGGACGACACAAGAAAACGGGCGACCUGUACGCCGUCAAGGUGUUCAACAACCUGAGCUUCCUGCGGCCGCUCGACGUCCAGAUGAGAGAGUUUGAGGUUCUGAAAAAGCUGAACCACAAGAACAUCGUGAAGCUGUUUGCCGUGGAGGAAGAGACCAACACCCGGCACAAGGUCCUGGUGAUGGAGUACUGCCCCUGCGGCAGCCUCUACACCGUCCUGGAGGAGUCCACCAACGCCUACGGCCUCCCUGAGGACGAGUUCCUCAUCGUCCUCCACGACGUCGUGGCAGGCAUGAACCACCUGAGGGAGUACGGCAUCGUUCACCGCGACAUCAAGCCGGGAAACAUCAUGAGGGUGAUCGGAGAGGACGGGUGCUCCGUUUACAAGCUGACGGACUUCGGUGCCGCCCGCGAGCUGGAAGACGACGAGCAGUUCCAGUCUCUGUACGGCACCGAAGAGUACCUGCACCCGGACAUGUACGAGCGUGCCGUCCUGCGGAAGGACCACCAGAAGAAGUACGGCGCCACGGUGGACCUGUGGAGCAUCGGCGUGACGUUCUACCACGCCGCCACCGGCAGCCUCCCGUUCCGACCGUUCGAAGGACCACGCAGGAACAAGGAAGUGAUGUAUAAGAUCAUCACAGAGAAACCAUCAGGAACCAUUUCUGGCCACCAGAAGAGCGAGAACGGGAAGAUCGAGUGGAGCACCGAGAUGCCGGUGUCCUGCAGCCUGUCCAAGGGCCUCCAGAGCCUGCUGACCCCGGUUCUGGCCAACAUCCUGGAGGCGGAUCAGGAGAAGUGUUGGGGUUUCGACCAGUUCUUCGCUGAGACCAACGAUAUCCUGCACCGCGCCGUGGUCUACGUCUUCAGCCUGCAGCAGGCCACGCUGCACCACGUCUACAUCCACGAGUACAACACGGCGGCACUGUUCCAGGACCUGCUGUGCCGCAGGACCAGCAUCCCACUGCACAACCAGGAGCUUCUGUAUGAGGGCCGGCGCCUCGUCCUGGACUCCAACCGCCAGGCCAAGACGUUCCCCAAGACCUCCAGGGACAACCCGAUCAUGGUGGUGAGCCGCGAGGUCGUCGCCACUGUUGGCCUCAUCUUCGAAGACCCGAGUCCGCCAAAGGUCCAGCCGCGCUACGACCUAGACCUGGACGCCAGCUACGCUAAGACUUUUGCUGGAGAUGUGGGCCAUCUGUGGAAAACCUCAGAGUCUCUGCUGGUGUAUCAGGAGCUGGUGAGGAAAGGAGUCAGAGGAUUGAUAGAGCUGAUGAAGGAAGACUACAAUGAAAUUCUGCACAAGAAGUCUGAGGUUUUCCGCCUGUGCAGCAUCUGCACGCAGCAGCUGGAGAAGGCAGAGCACCUGUUGGAGGUUCUGAUGCAGGCCAACAUGCUGACCUCGGAGUACGAAGACAUCGCUGACAUGCACAAGAAGGCCCUCAGGAUCUCGAGUUCUCUGGAUCCCAUCGAGAGAACGACGCAGGACGUCAAGAGCAAGAUCCUGCCUGGAGGGGUUCUGACCGACAGCUGGACCCUGCAGGUCGGGACGCACCCCGAGGACAGGAAUGUGGAGAAAAUCAAGGUCCUGCUGGACGCCAUCACUGCCAUCUACCAGCAAUUCAAGAAGGACAAAGCAGAACGACGUCUUCCAUACAAUGAGGAGCAGAUCCACAAGUUUGAUAAGCAGAAGUUGGUGAUCCAUGCUGGCAAAGCUCGCUCUCUGUUCACCGACGAGUGUGCCAUGAAGUACCGACUCUUCAUAUCCAAGAGCGAGGAGUGGAUGAGGAAGGUCCACCAUGUUCGGAAGCAGCUGCUCGGUUUGUCCGGUCAGCUGAUCGGCGUGGAGAAGGAGGUGACCGUGCUGCUGGACCGGGCCGCCAAGCUGCAGGAACAGCUUCCCCAGAAGGUUCUGGUUCCGAACGUGAUGAAGGCCCAGUCGUACCUCAGCCCCAACACACUGGUGGAGAUGACGCUGGGGAUGAAGAAGCUGAAGGAGGAGAUGGAGGGAGUCGUCAAGGAGCUGGCGGAGAACAACCACUUCCUGGAGAGGUUUGGGACUCUGACCCUGGACGGAGGGCUGAGAGGCUGACCCGGUCCGCGGCGCCGUGUACAUACGCUCUGUAAAUACUGUUGGACUCUGACGGGCCCCCCGACCCGACCUGCUGGGGAACCAUACAUCAGAACCGCUCUGUUGGACGCAGAACCCACCAUCACGUUCAUGACUCCAUUCUCCAAAACAGAGCCGGGCCAGAACUUCCAGCAGAACCUCCCGUUGCACACCAAGGCCGGAUCUUCAGCUGAAUGCUUGUUCAAAAAUGAGACGGAACAACGUUUGAGUCGUGGUGUUUUCCUUUAAAUACUGUCAGACACAUCACAGCAGUAACACAGCAUUAUGCUGCCAUAACCUGAUGGGAUUAUUAGCUGAUCCUGCAGCUCAGAGUUUACUGGAGGAUAUUACUCAUCUAGUUUUUAUUAUUUCUAUUUUUAAAGUUCUAAAUAUGUUGACAAUGUUUCAUUGUCACAGUAGCAGCAGACCCAAACGUGCUAAAUGCAGACACAGCAGCAGUCUGGGUCGGGUCUAAUGAAGCUCCAGCUGAUGAGUCGAUAUGUUUGCAUAUCCUCCUCCUUUCUGAUGAUCAGCAUAUGUUCUGAAUAUUCAUGAAGGCAAAAACAUGAAAUUAAACAGCAACAAUUUGGGUAUUUAGCCUGACAAGACAAAAAUAAACAUUUUCAUCACUUUCAUUUACAAAUGUCACUGUUUCAAGCUAAAUAUAGAAAUUGGAGCUAAAUAUUUAGAUAACUACUACUUAUAGUAUUAAGCUCUGAGUAUUUAACAUCGUUAGUUGACUGCUGGGUAAAUAUCUUGUUUAUUUAGCACAGCGCUAGCUCAAUAGCUAGUUUACAAACUUCGCUAGUUCAGAACUAAAUAUUUAGCUAAUAUGCUAAUUUUCUUGCUGAUAAGCGGAAGUGGACUAUCAAAAUAAAAGUACUGAAGUAUAAACUGCUGGUGAGAUAGAAAUGCUGAUGCGUCGCUGUUGUAGCCGUGUUGACUUUAAAACGACUCAACCUUUGUUCGACAUGUUCAGAAGAAUCGACCAUAAAGAGGUAACAUAACUCGAUUAGAAGAGUGCAGUUUAUAGAUUGUAGUUUAUUUUGGCAGUCCACUUCCGUUUUUCUGCCGGAGAAUUAGCAUAUUGGCUAAAUAUUUAGCUAGUGGCAAAAUUUGUCCGAUUAAAUAUUUAGCUUUGUAACUGAGACUCAUGAAUAUAUAAAUAAAGUAGCAAAAGUAUAACUCAAACUGUAUUUUAUUUUAUUUUUUUUGCUCUGACAAGUUAAAAAACCCAAAUUGUUGCUGUUAGUUUUUGACUAACGAGCUGCGCAGUCCUGAUUAGCUCUCCAGCAACACGCUAAGCUUUUACAGAUCAGGUCCUGGAUCAGAUCUGCUCGCUUUUAUUUCAUUUUUCCGAAUCUAACCCCGACUGUUUCCCAGACUCAGGUUCUUAACAGUAAACCCAGUUUACAUGACGGUUCUGUUAAAGACAAAACCACUUAUUGACACAAAUAAUUCAGCUGAACAAAUCGCCAAGAACCCUGGAUCAGAUAAAGUUCCCCUGGAUGUUUGGGAAAUAAUUUAUAUCAUUUUGGUGAAAGUGUGUAGCUUUAAUUGUUCAGAAAAACAUUAGAAUAAACCCAGUUCAAUGUCCAA